AUGGACGAGCACCUCAGCCUCCUGCGCUCGCCGCCGCCGCCGCCCUCCGCCCGCCACCGCGCCCACCCGCCGCAGCACCCCGCGAGCGGCGACGGCGGCGGCGGCGCCCACACGCUGGUGAACCCCGGCUACGCAGAUCCCGCCGCGGGCCCCGAGCUGCCGCCGGACAUGACGGUGGUGCCCGGGGACCACCUGCUGGAGCCGGAGGCGACCGACGGCGGGGGUGACCCGCCUCAGGGCGGCUGCGGUGGCGGCGGCGGCUGCGACCGCUACGAGCCGCUGCCACCCGCGCUGCCCGCCGCCGGCGAGCAGGACUGCUGCGGGGAGCGCGUGGUCAUCAACAUCUCGGGGCUGCGCUUCGAGACGCAGCUCAAGACCCUCUGCCAGUUCCCGGAGACUCUGCUGGGCGACCCCAAGCGGCGCAUGAGGUACUUCGACCCGCUCCGCAAUGAGUACUUUUUCGACCGCAACCGGCCCAGCUUCGACGCCAUCCUCUACUACUAUCAGUCCGGGGGCCGAAUCCGCCGGCCGGUCAAUGUGCCCAUCGACAUCUUCUCCGAGGAGAUCCGCUUCUACCAGCUGGGCGAGGAGGCCAUGGAGAAGUUCCGCGAGGACGAGGGCUUCCUGCGGGAGGAGGAGCGGCCCCUGCCCCGCCGAGAUUUCCAGCGCCAGGUGUGGCUGCUCUUCGAGUACCCGGAGAGCUCCGGGCCGGCCCGGGGCAUCGCCAUCGUGUCCGUGCUCGUCAUCCUCAUCUCCAUCGUCAUCUUCUGCCUGGAGACGCUGCCCGAGUUCCGCGAUGAGAAGUACUACACCGCCUCGCCGUCGCAGGAGCUGUUCGAGACGGCCAGCAACAGCACGUCGGGGGCUCCCGCGGGAGCCUCCAGCUUCUCGGAUCCCUUCUUCGUGGUGGAGACUCUGUGCAUCAUCUGGUUCUCCUUUGAGCUGCUGGUGCGGUUCUUCGCUUGCCCCAGCAAAGCCACCUUCUCGCGAAAUAUCAUGAACCUGAUAGACAUUGUGGCCAUCAUCCCUUAUUUCAUCACUCUGGGCACCGAGCUGGCUGAGCGACAAGGCAAUGGACAGCAAGCCAUGUCCCUGGCCAUCCUGAGAGUCAUCCGCCUGGUGAGGGUCUUCCGCAUCUUCAAGCUCUCCCGCCACUCCAAGGGGCUGCAGAUCCUGGGGCAGACGCUGAAGGCUUCCAUGCGGGAGCUGGGGCUGCUCAUUUUUUUCCUUUUUAUUGGGGUCAUCCUUUUCUCCAGCGCGGUUUAUUUUGCGGAGGCAGACGACCCCACUUCAGGUUUUAGCAGUAUCCCUGAUGCCUUCUGGUGGGCCGUGGUAACCAUGACGACCGUAGGUUACGGUGACAUGCACCCAGUGACCAUAGGGGGCAAGAUUGUGGGGUCACUCUGUGCCAUCGCUGGUGUCUUGACCAUUGCUUUGCCAGUCCCUGUGAUUGUUUCCAACUUCAAUUACUUCUACCACCGGGAGACAGAAGGGGAAGAGCAAGCCCAGUACCUGCACGUGGGAAGUUGCCAGCACCUCUCCCCUUCAGCCGAGGAGCUCCGGAAAGCGAGGAGUAACUCGACUCUAAGUAAGUCGGAGUAUAUGGUGAUCGAAGAGGGGGAUAUGAACCAUAGCGCUUUCCCCCAGACCCCCUUCAAAACGGGCAAUUCCACGGCCACCUGCACCACGAACAAUAAUCCCAACUCCUGUGUCAACAUCAAAAAGAUAUUUACCGAUGUUUAAUAUAUGAAACAAGUGACAUGCUGUGCCCAGUAUUGUGUGGAACGUGCCCCCUUGGUCUGUGUAUGUCCUUGUUUUAUACAUUUCCAGACCAUUCAUCAAGGAAAGGACAUGAAGAAGUGGAAAGCACACUUCAUUCUCUCUCUCCCUACUGCUUCAUACUGAAACAGGUGUCUGUUUUGCAAGUGGGCUGCAUUCUCUCAGCUCUCCUUUUUUUCUCUCUCUCCCUCUCUUAAUAUUUCGAACAACAAACUUACUUUAAACUUGAUUUUUAGCACAUGCUCUGUAAAAAAAAAAAAAAAAGACAAAAAAAGAAAACCAAACAAAAAAAACUACAUCCUGGAAGGAAAUGAAACUAAAGAACAGAGUAACUGUCUAACCUCAGAAUCCAAAGGCAGCUGUUUCUUUACUAAGUAAAGCAGGCACAUACUUAAAGGAUGCUUCGGUUUGAUGGACCCAUCAACAUUAUUGAAUAUUUAGUUCAAUUGCCAACACUGUGGAUAGGUGGAUGAAAAGUCUAUUUAGAACAAUGACUUGUAAACCCACCGUAAGUUUAUUUGUUUGCAACUGGAAUUUCUAUGUGGAAGCCCCCCUCCCGGAAUUUUAAGGAUCUCUACAACUUUGAACUAAGGGAAAUGCCCAAGAUGUCCCGAUCUGACUAAUUAGUUUAACUCUUUGGGGCUUGUUAAGCAUUUCGAAAGUAUUAGACUAAGAGAUUCCUAUGAAAUUCUGUAUUCAUUCUAGCUAACAUCUAUCAAAGUCUAGAAACAGAUGUUUUCAGUGCUGCUGAGAGAAACAAAAAAAUUUCCUAAUGCAUCUGAGAGAUAAGCUUCUGCAGUAUCACAAGAAGAUUAAAGUGGCAGACACUCCUUCCAGCAGAAGUUACUAAUUCGGACCUGACUGAUGCAGUUCCCAUAGCAACCCAUGUUUCCCGGGAAACCCGAAAAGGUUGUCAUGGCAUCUCUUGCUCUCUAGCCCCACCCCCUAGCCCCUGCUGUUUCCACAGUAACCUUUCCAGAUGGUUCCUACUUACAUGAUUUCACAAGGAAAACCACUGUUUGAAUAAACCGCACAAGUAAAGUCUGAGAAUCCAAAGUGGUGAAAUGAAUCACAAAAUGCAUAUUUUACUACAGAAAAUCACUGAUGUCAUCCCAUAUUGACUGAAUUGAAAAGGAAAAUAUCGUCAUUGGAAUGUUAAAUAUACACUACAGUAAGCCAUGAUUUGAAUGAAAUGCCAGUAAUUAGGCAAUCAUUUUAAAAGAUGCUUCUCUACUGUUUUCCCAAGAAGCCAACAAAUGAAGUUAAAAAGCAAAUGUCAAAGUGUUCUGCACAUAAGCAAGUGAAAGAUUCAGUCAAUGUACCUGAAACCUUACUACAAGGGACCUUCAGACUUCCUCUUUAAAAACAUUAUCCAGAUCCCACAACAACAGUGUCACCAUCACAGCCCUUGAAAAACUAAAUAUACUUGAAAAAUAUAAAGGAUGCACACUUUUAACUGAGGGAAUUGCAGACAAUCAAUAAGAAGGAGGAACAGGAAGUAACCAAACCUUGGGGAAGUACUUGCAAGUUUCAGCCAUGUGCCAGGGAUGGCCAGAAGACAGCAUCAGAUACCUGAAGAGCCCUACGUAAAGAACUGUAGAGCUGCACUGACCAGUAGGAUGCUCUUUUUAAAUUGCUUAGAUCAAGAAUACAGUGUUGGUUAUAUUGCUGAUGGACAGUGAUCUGUCUGCCAGCACAUACUUUUGUUUCAGUUGACAUUAAAUAACAUGUCUGUAAGAAAUGCUUCAUAUACAAGAAACAGCUCUGAACCUGGAGGAUUCUCUUCAAAUUGUGUGCAAUAUAAAAGAUAUUGACCAAGAAAUAAAGAAGAACAUCAAAAAUAAUAAAGUAUCAUUUCAACCUUUUGACAUUUGGAUGAUAUUUAUUCAUCCAAAAACUAAUCACUACUGCUAAUAAAGAAAACCUAAAUGUUUGUUUCUAACAAGGCAACUUAUUACACUGUUUUCUUCUUUCAUUUAAUUACUGGACUACGUUUAAUCAUGAUGUAUAUUAAUGUUAUCUUCUCUGUUCUGAGUUAUGUGCAACUUUAUUUGUGAACGUGUGUUUUGUACCAAAGCCUCUCAUACAUAAA